AUGUCCGAAGCCGCUCCGCCCACCGACUCCCGCGNNGCCCAAGUAUGUUCGUGUCGUGAUAUCUCUCUAUACAAUACUAAUCGCCAUGCAGCCAAUCCUGGUGCCAAGCGCAAGAGGAGUCCCUCGCUGGCUCCGUACCAAGGUGGAAUUGUGCCUCAGAACAAGGCGCCCAAGACGGGCAACGUGAGCAGUCAGCUGCAGAUCAACUACAUCGCGCGACAAUGCAUCGAUGACCUGCCCUUCAUCUCAAAGGAGGACACUCUUCCUGGCAUGUUGGAGACCCUCUCGUCGUACACUCAAGUCCUGGAUCGUCAUGAGUCGCUGGCUAGCAACCUCGGUGCUCGUCCCCUCGGUCCAAUCCUGAUCAAGCGUUUUGAACGCUGCUUCGAUGCGCCUCCGCGGGUCAUCGCCUCACACUCGCAUGCGAGAGAGGUAGACCUGCCUCAGGUGACCUGGCUGGACGUCGUCCACUUUGCCCAGGCACACCCCGGUCAAUUCACCUUGUCGACUUUUAGCGAGGGCCGUCGCGUGUGCCAGUUCUACUAUGCGCAAAAGCAGGUGCGCGUCCAGAUCUCUGAAGAAGACUUCCUGUUCAUCAACAGCGGAAGAUGCCAGGACCUGAUUCCACCACUUCCCAUCUGGGAGGAUGAGGAGAAAGAGGUGGCUACGUGCGAGCUUGUCGAGAAGGCUUUGAGGGAUCUGACUGCGGCUGCCGAUUCGGUCGCUGCUCGUACUCGCCAACUGGCCCACCGACUCAAGGGGAGAAGAAUGGCCAUCCUCGAGCGUAGAUCCACUGAAGAGUCGCACAACCAUCAGGUGCAGCAGCAAGCUCUACAACCGUCCUUCGUUUCCGUCAACAACACCAUUCGACAGCCAGUUGUGCACCAACCUCAACCGCAACCUCCACAGUCACCCGAAAAGGUCGAUCCUGCUCUGCACAUCCGGAACGAUCUUCUCAAACACUUCCAGUCGCUCCCCAAACAAGUGCCCCCACAAUCUGACAACCGUCGCAUCUCGUCUGUCCAGCAACAACCACAAUCGCCAUCAUUCCAGACACCGCAGACCUUCAACCACCACCCUCGACCGACUCUUGAAUCGACCUCCACCUCGGUCUCUCCCGUACCCACCAGCGUUGCCGCCAUUGCUGCCGCCGCAGCAGCCCAAGCAUCCCACUACGCCCGCGAUGAAUCACCACAAUCCCAACCGCGCCAUAACUUCUCAAAGCCCCUACCACCAUCGCAAGAAGUCUCGCAGCCCUAUCGCACAAUCUGUCAAGCCCAUAUGGAAAGUUUACCGCGUGGUUCUCGCGUCAUGCCUCCCUGCGACCGCUGCAGACGUUUGAAGAUGGACUGUCUCAAGAACUUGUCUUCAUGCGGUGGUUGCACCAAGAAACACGCAAGAUGCCAUUGGAAAGAGGUUUCUCGUGAUGAAGUACAGGGAUUGGAAGGCUUUGAAGAUGCCGAAAGAGUGGCCAAUGAGUUUGCCAAUGGUACUAGAAGGUUCAGUGCCGAGUACGCCGCUAGCGACACGAGUAUGGAUGUGGAUGCCAGAAGUCCUUUCGAUUACCCUAGCCACACUGCUGCGUCUACACCUGGUGGCUUAGGUGUUCAAGGCUUCGCUCGUCCACAAACAGCAGGGUAUCCAGACGUGCAGCAGCAGAACAACUAUCCUCCACCACAGCCUCAGCAGCAGAGAUCAGACUAUGAAGACCCGAGCAGCUACCGCGGUGCAGGAGCCAACAUUCAGCGCCAACCUUUCCCAGAAGACUUGACGCAGCAGCAAGCUCCUCCACAGCAACAACAAGACCGCACAAUGGACCUCCUCCGCGUCCUCGGAAGUCACAACAACGGCAUCUCUUCACCUGUUCCUACCAACCCUGCUCCUGUUACCGACAACAACCAAAACAGGAACAAUGGAGCAUUCAGAUCUUCGUUUACGCCUGCCAAUGAAACACCUGCUGUGGCCACUCCUGGCCAUGUGGGUGGUGCUACAAACGGACAGAACACCACCAUGACCACCGAGGUUCCUGGUGCGGCUAGCGAAGGCCAAAGAGUGUAA